UGUGAAGCCUGAAACCAGUCAAAGCCCGAAUUCAGUCAGUGCGACCAGCAGAGAAACCGACUUCGGCACCUCCAGCCAGGAGUCCGCCACAGACCUGACAAAGCAGUCCAUCACUCAGUCCAUGUCCCUCAUUGUCCAGACUGAUUACCCUGCAGCCCAGACUGGUUCCACUGUCACUCAGUCUGGUUCUCCCUCAACCCGGACCGGUUCCACUGUCACUCAGUCCGGUUCUCCCUCAACCCGGACAGGUUCCACUGUCACUCAGUCCGGUUCUCCCUCAGCCUGGACCGGUUCCACUGCUGAAGUGACGCAAGAACACCAAAUCACUACAGUGCCAAGUGCCAACACAGCCAUGUCUACGGUUACAAUGGCGGCCACCAAUGACACCGAAGUCCAGCCCACUGCAGAUGGUGCAGACGGGAAUUUGAUGGUAGCGUCCACCCAUGGCACAAAUUCUGCUACAGCUUCUCUGAACAGCGACACAGCACCUGUUAGUAAAGUGACAGGAAGUGCCACAGGAACCCUCACGUUACAGACAUCAUUCAAAGCGGAGACCACAGGUGGUGCUCCAGCUGUCGCUGCUGUUCCAGGAUGGGGAAUAGCUCUGCUAGUCCUAGCAUCACUAGUACUGCUGCUGCUAUUUCUACUGCUAAUCGGACUGUUACUGUGGUGCUGCUACAGGGGGCGCCACAAGAGCUUCAGCCCCUAUGAGAACCUGGACCACAAAGGCGACAUCCCCCUGUACACCACGCACGGCCGCUUCGAAGGAUGCAACGGGACACCUGAGGUGAUCAGUUGACACGUGCAGGCACUCCACUCAGCCAGCAGGGGUCAGUGUUGUUCCCUUAGAGCCCCACCUCUUUCACUUAGCCAAUGAUGAUGCUCCGCCUUCAGAGACUGUUGAUCCAAGAGGACUCAUACUUUAUGUUGGUUUUAUGACUGUUUGUAAAGUUUGUAUCAAGAUGUAAAAUUCAUGGUUUUGACUGUUAACUAUACUUUCAAACGAAUGUAUAGACAUUUUUGUAUGUAGU